UUUUUUUUUUUUUAAGGCAUAGAGCAGCAAACCGAGAUGAAGGGGUAAGUGGCACAAAAAGCUUUCGUUAAUGGACAACCUUCUGUUUUGUGUUAGCUACUUGCUGACUGUUGCCGCCUUCUCCCCUUUACCACAGGCAGCAGAAGAGCCCGGAUGACGACGGUGACGUUUCCAUUAUCGAUGAAGGUGAGCGCCAUAGAGAGUAUUCUAUGAUUUAUCAUAAUGGUGAGAACUAACUACUUUUCUUAUAUACUGAACAAAAAUAUAAACUCAACAAUUUCAUAGAUUUUUACUGAGUUACAAUUCAUAUGAGGAAAUCCGUCAAUUGAAAUAAAUGCAUUAGGCACUAAUCUAUGGAUUUCACAUUACUGGGAAUACAGAUAUACAUCUGUUGUUCACCCAAUACCUUUAAAAAAAAAAUGGGCCUCACAAUGGGCCUCAGGAUCUCAUCAUGGUAUUUUUGUGCAUUCAAAUUGCCAUAGAUAAAAUGCAAUUGUGUUCGUUGUCCGUAGCUUACAGUAUGCCUGCUCAUACCAUAACCCCACCGCCAUCAUGGGCCACUCUCACAACGUUGACAUCAGCAAACCGCUUGCCCACACUAUCCAUACACGUGGUCUGCGGUUGUGAGGCCGGUUCGACGUACUGCCAAAUUCUCUAAAACGACAGAGGCGGCUUAUGGUAGAGAUGAACAUUAAAUUAUCUGGAAACCACUCUGGUGGACAUUCCUGUAGUCAACAUGCCAAUUGCACACUCCCUCAAAACUUGAGACAUCUGUGGCAUUGUGUUGUGUGACAAAACUGGACAUUUUAGAGUGGACUUUUAUUUUCCCCAGCACCUGUGCAAUGAUCAUGCUGUUUAGUCAGCUUCUUGAUAUGCCACACCUGUCAGGUGGAUGGAUUAUCUUUGCGAAGGAGAAAUGCUCACUAACAGGGAUGUAAAUAAAUUUGAGAGAAAUAAGAUUUUUUUGCAUAUGGAACAUUUCUGAGAUAUUUUAUUUCAAGUCAUAAAACAUGGGACCAACACUUUACAUGUUGUGUUUAUAUUAUUUGUUCAGUGUAAAAUUAUAUUUAAAAAAUAGUCCUUUGCAUUGCUUCACUGAAUGGUCAAUGUGAUGUGUGUUCACUGAAAUGAUUCAGGCUGUGAUCUAUGCAAGUACACAUGUUGUCAUAGCCAUGGGCCUAGGCUCCUUAGCAGUGUUUCCCAAAAAACGGGGUGGUGGGGUUGGAAAGUAAUAAAGGGAAAUAUAUUUUUUUAAAGGAUAUGUGUGUGUGUGUGUAUAUAUGUAUGUUUGUGUGUAUAUGUAAAACAUAUGGGGGAUUGGAAGUAAUGCAGACAAUUACAUUGAUGGAAGUUAAAAUCUAUCUGCAAUAUUAAAGCUGAUCUACCCACCCCACCCCCCCAUAAAAAAAAAACACGUGGGUCCCGAGGACUGAGUAUGAGAAAUGCUGCCCUAUAGACUCUCAAUUCUGUAUUCUUGCUUUCAAUCUGUUCCCAUUUACGACAGUCUGUGUUCGUAUCUGUGGCUCCUUUUUGUUGCUUUGAGUAAUAAUAUUUUUAUUGUACUGGGGCAAGAGCCCUAGAGCAAGAGACCUCUUGUUCUACCAAGUUGUCUCUCAUACAUCCUGCUAAUGUUAACAAUGUAAGAACUGGUUAAUCUGUUUUACUACUAUACUCUCCUGUCUCGCCUUCAGGCGCUGUUGCCACGGCCGACGACCCAACUGCCAUCACCACCAUCCAGUCUGCAGCUACCUUCUUGUCUGAUCAGCCAAUCAAGUACCUGUUCAAGACAGAGGGAGGCGGGUUGCCGGUAGGGGAGUUGUACCCUCCCUCAGGGCAGGUAGAAGGGACUCUGCAUGCAACACGCACUCAAACUGCCAGUCCCAAUUUUCUCCCUUCCCCAUGGCCCUAACCCUUCGAUGUUUGCAGAUCCGUAAGGUUGAAGGAUCAGAUUCUGUACUAGUGAUCCUUUUACUGACCUUUGACCCCCCCCCCCGUUCAGGUGACGUACCGGGUGAUCCAGGUGUCUGAUGGACAGGUGGAUGGACAGACAGACGGAGCCUCUGCUGUCAGCGUGGUGACAGGCUUCCCCGCAACGACACAGGCUGUCACACAGGUACAACACUUGGAUGGUGUUGAGACACACACAAAAUUCACAAGUUUGCUUUGUCUCACAUAUAUCAUCCCCUUUGGCUGGAGUGCAUCUCUUGACAAAGCUUCAUCCAUCACUUCCUUUCCCCACACACUUUAUUGUGCAUACUACCAGCUGUCCAUUCAGAUUACUUGUUGGAUCUGUUCCUAUCUAAAAGAUCUGUCAUGUGUUGUCUGUCAGGCGGUGUUUUCCCAGUCUGAGGGACUGGAGGGGGAAGCCUCAGAGACUCACUACUACUACCCUGUCACUGACGCCACACAGACUACCAUGGUGGAGACCGUACAAGCUCCAGAAACACUGCUCACUCAGAGCACACCCACCGGUCAGUUGAAAUGAUAAUAGUAAUUCAAACGUCCCAAUUAGCCCCCUGCCCCAUCCUAUGGGCUCGAACUCUUCAAUGUUGGCAUAUCUGUAAGAUGUAAGCGAGAUAGCACUUUUCUGGUUAUACCUAUCAGGAGACUUCAGAUCUGCAAAAACCGAAGGGUUAGGUCCAAGGCCAAGGUGGUGGGAGCGAAUUGGGGCCAGCUGAAGUAGUCAGUCAAUCUGUACAUUGUCUGUCUGCUUAAUAGUGCCCUGUGUCUUCCAGGUCAGCUGUAUGUGAUGAUGUCACCGCAGGACGUGUUGGGCGGAGCAAACCAGAGGUCCAUAGCACCCUGCACAAGGAUAUCUAACACAUCACAUCCUCUCUGUGUCCAGGUUAUGAUAUGACAUCACCCAUCACUGACUAGGCCUUCAUCAAGGGACCUGGGUCAUCAAGGGACCUGGGGUUAUCCAAUAAGAAACGCUCAUUUUGUUUUCUGUUGCAAAACGUUUCAAAAGGUUUUCUGUUGCGAGACCUAAUGCACAUGACCCUAGUUAAAAUAACACAUGACACUGCCAAUAGUCUUAAGUAUUUUGAUACCUGGUGAAUGGUGAUAGGUCAACAUGUUGUGCAUUGGGCUACUGUUUGAAUCCUCUUUUUCUAUUCUACAGCAAGUCAGAACCUCCUCGUACGUCUAGAGAUGACAAGAGACGAGCCCAACACAAUGAAGGUACUCGAAUAUACAGCAGUACUGUGUGACCUUGAAAAUGUUCAAAGAUAUUGAUCUGUGAAGCCUGUUAUAUUUGUUCACAUUUAUUUUUAACAACCUUUUUAAUCUGUCCCCAGUUGAGCGCCGACGCAGAGAUAAGAUAAACAACUGGAUCGUCCAGCUGUCCAAAACCAUCCCAGACUGCACCCUGGAUGCUACGAAGAAUGGGCAGGUGAGUUCCCAGGUACUCAAGUCAAGUCUUCAUAUUUUAUUCAACUGGUAUAUCUUUUCACAUGGACACGUUUCUGAGAUUCUCUUUCUAGUCUUUCUUCUUCUUUCUUGAUUAUUCCCACAGCACCCCCCUUCUCCCCCCCCAAAACUUUGCUGAUAACUGCUUUUUAGAAAAAAAUAAAAAUAAACGUUGUAUGACUAUGAUGUGGUUUUCUCACCUAGCUACCUAAGAUGAAUGCACUCACAUAGUAUUUACAGUAUGUUGCCUGUAAACAAAUUAAAAUGUGGGAAAUGUUUAUAUGACCCCCUUUCAAACAGGCCCAUUUUUACCACAUCCUUGCCAGCAUAAGCCUUUUGUACCUCCCACACGCAUGCCGGUGAGUAGGGGUGUGUAGAUGUGGGUGGGUGUCUAUUUUCAUAAAUCUAUUGAAUAUACACCAUCACAAAAAAAGUCAUUAUUAAUUUGUUUCGGCAGGUCCUAAGAAACAAGACGAAUAAAAUGUAUUUUCAAAAGAAUAGAAUAACAUAUUAUGAGUUUAAUUAUGCUACUGGUAUGUGCAGCCUAUAGGCUACAUGGCUGCACCAUGCAAAUUAAAUCAAUGUUGUUUUGUACAUAAAACAGACAAACGCUUGCAUUCCCCUGCCAUGGUCACAGUCAACACACAUUUAAUAGUAAGAAUAUAACAGAAUAAAAUUGAAAUAAUAUUUUCCCCCGACAUAACUUGAGUGUCACAGGAACAUGUGGAACCGUUAGAAAAAGUCCCUUUUUUUUAAUCCACGUUGAAUAUUUUUUUCCUACCAUCACUCCUAUUUGUUAGGGAGAAGGCGUAGGGUGUUAAAUUGGGAGUAUCUUCAUAAUACCGAUUUGAAAAUAAUAGCAAUCUAUAUUUUUUAAUGUUCAUAUUAUGUUAAUAUUUCACCACUGCAGGCUUUUAGAGUUGCCAAUGUGUAAUCAAACAACAUAAUAGGCCUACACUUGAUUUAGGCUACAUUAUUGCAAGCUAAAUGUUUCUGAUCAGUGAUAGAUGAGCAAACGAAAAGAUGAGCUUCCACGUACUUACAGUAUAUGCCCAGCCAGAGAUCAAUUAACCAAAUAUACAGAUGGAGAUUCAGUGAAACCAAAUAAUAUUGCUUGAUUAUCAGACAAGUCACAGGCUUUUGGUCAGGAGUAGGCUACUAAGUGAGUGAAGAGCAAAAUGGUCCACUUGUUAAGCUACAUAAAAAUGCUAGAAAAUGUUUCUUAUUAGUGCUAAUGGUCAACUACACUAAAGAUGAUCAUGAGCAGCACUCGGCUAACAUUUCUCUAGCCUAAUUGUAACCGAAUAUCCAAGCAGAGAUUCAGUGAAAACAAAAUACUGAUAUUGAUUUAUCAAGAAAAGUCCCCAUGCUUGUCUCAAAGCAGCGUGAUGGCGCAGUCCAAAUCAAAACGGUGCUGAAAUUAUCAUCUAGUUGACUACACGCGGGUAUUGCUUCAAAUGUAUUAUAACGAUUCAGUAAGCAACAAUUUGAUACGUGCCUGUCAGUGUAGUGCGUGCCAAUGCCGUUUCGGCAUUACGGCUAUGCAGACUGACGUUUUGUGUUUCUACUUUUCAUAAUGACAAGGACAAGUUUGAUGUCGGACAACAAAUAUAGAAUGUUCAUGAUUUAAUGCGUGCUAAAGCUGGUAAGAUGAAAGGGGAUGUUUAUACUGAGAGUUUGGCGAAACCUUUAAACACAUAACCGCAAUUAUGACAAUGUCGGUUGGCGGAAAUAAAAGUGCAGGCUUUGUUGGUGGCAAUGCCUUUAAGAUAUAAAGAAAAUUCAGCAAAAAGUUGAUGGCAUGCUAAAGUUGGCGUGUUUUCGUCUUGGUUUGAAAGGGAUAUAACUAAAUCGCUCUGGAAAAAGCAUCUGCUAAAUGACUAAACUGUCAAAUGUGGUCUUUCAAUUUCUGUAGAAGCUCUUUUGAGUCUAGUUUGACCAUGACAUAGCGUGUGUGUGGAGUGGUUGGAUUGUGUUUUUGAUCAGUUUCAGGGAAGUUCAGGAGAGAGAGUCUCACCUUUUCACACUAUUGUGCUGAACCGUACUGUUCUGGCUCUGAUAUUUUCUUUUGACAUGGUCCUCUCUAGCAUGGCUCCAGCAACUAUGGUGGGUGGAUGUGUUACCAGGCUAGCACAGUACAGAUCAGCUUGGCUCAUUAGUGUGAAAAUAGUGUCUCUGUAGCUGUGAUUGUGGUAGUGGCUUCGAUUCCUGGGACAACCCGUAUGUAAAAUGUAUGCACACAUGACUGUAAAACAUUAUGAUGGCUAUAAAAUUAGUUGGCACCUUCAAUUCUUCUUGCAUAUUUCCUCAGGCAAAUUUGCCGAACUGCUAAACAUGGAACUCAGAAUAUCGAGUUGCACCCCCACCUUUUGCCCUUAGAACAGCCUCAGUUCGGGGCAUGGACUCUAAAAGGUGUCGAAAGCAUUCCACAGGGAUGCUGGCCCAUGUUGACUCGAAUGCGUCCCACAGUUGUCAAAUUGGCAGCAUGUCCUUUGGGUGGUGGACCAUUCUUGAUAUACACGGGAAACUGUUGAGCAUGAAAAACCUAGCAGCUUUGAAGUUCUUGGCACAAACCGGUGCGCCUGGUGCCUACUACCAUAUCCCGUUCAAAGGCACUUAAAUAUUUUGUAUUGGCCAUUCACCCUUUGAAUGACACACAUACACAAUCCAUGUGUCAAUUGUAUCAAAGCUUAAAAAUCCUUAUUUAACCUGUCUCCUCCCCUUCAUCUACACUGAUUUGAAGUGACAUCAAUAGGGGAUCUUAGCUUUCACCUGGUCAGGCUGUCAUGGAAAGAGCAUGUUUUGUACUGUAUACUCAAAUCAACUUUUAUUGGUCACAUACACAUAUUUAGCUGAUGUUAUUGCAGGUGUAGCUAAAUGCUUGUGUUCCUUGCUCCAACAGUGCAGUAGUGUCUAACAAUUCACAACAAUACACACACAUCUAAAAGUAAAAUCAUGGAAUUAAGAAAUAUAUAAAUAUUAGGACGAGCAAUGUCGGAGUGGCAUUGACUAAAAUACAGUAGAGUAGUAUAUAGUUGAAGUCAGAAGUUUACAUACACCUUAGCCAAAUACAUUUCAACUCAGUUUUUCACAAUUCCUGACAUUUAAUCCUAGUAAAAAUUCCCUGUCUUAGGUCAGUUAGGAUCACCACUUUAUUUUAAGAAUGUGAAAUGUCAGAAUAAUAGUAGAGAGAAUGAUUUAUUUCAGCUUUUAUUUAUUUCACAUUCACAGUGGGUCAGAAGUUUACAUACACUCAAUUAGUAUUUGGCAGCAUUGUCUUUAAAUUGUUUAACUUGGGUUAAACAUUUUGGGUAGCCUUCCACAAGCUUCCCACAAUAAGUUGGGUGAAUUUUGGCCCAUUCCUCCUGACAGAGCUGGUGUAACGGAGUCAGGUUUGUAGCCCUCCUUGCUCGCACACGCUUUUUCAGUUCAGCCCACAAAUGUUCUAUAGGAUUGAGGUCAGGGCUUUGUGAUGGCCACUCCAAUACCUUGACUUUGUUGUCCUUAAGCCAUUUAUUCUGAACACAUUGACCUUGUGUUCAGAAUAAAGAAAUAAAUAUACACUAUGUCAGCACCACCCUCAACAGAGAUCGAUCAUCAUGAAAACAAAAGCAGAUGGGUGGUGGUCCCAAGCAAGCUAUGUAAAUCGCUUUGGAGAAAAGCGUCUGCUAAAUGGCUUUGUUAUUAUACUGAACAAAAAUAUAAACGCAACAUGCAACAAUUUCUAAGGAUUUCACAUGACUGGGACUACAGAUGCCUUAAAAGGAAUGGGCCUCAGGAUCUCGUCACGGUAUUGCUGUGCAUUCAAAUUGCCAUCGAUAAAAUGCAGUUGUGUUCGUUGUCUGUAGCUUAUACCUGCUCGUACCAUAACUCCACCACCACCACGGGGCACUCUGUUCACAGCGUUGGCAUCAGCAAACCGCUCGCCCACACAACACCAUACUCGUGGUCUGCAGUCAGCAUGCCAAUUGAACACUCCCUCAAUACUUGAGACAUCUGUGGCAUUGUGUUUUGCGACAACUGCACAUUUUAGUGGCCAUUUGUCCCCAGCACAGGUGUACCUGUGUAAUGAUAAUGCUGUUUAAUCAGCUUCUUGAUAUGCCACACCUGUCUGGUGGCUGGAUUAUCUUGGCAAAGGAGAAAUGCUCACUAACAGGGAUGUAAACAAAUUCGUGCACAACAUUUGAGAGAAAAUAGCUUGUUCAGCUCAUGAAAUAUGGGACCAACACUUUACAUGUUGCGUUUUUAUAUUUCUGAUAAGUGUAAAUAUUAAGGCAUGAUGCCAGUUCUGUGACCAGUGUGGUGUUCUCCUGUCCUGUCUGUUCCCUACAGAGUAAAGGAGGGAUCCUGUCCAAGGCUUGUGACUACAUCCAGGAGCUGCGUCAGAGCAACGCCAGACUGGGGGAGGACCUGGAGAAUCUGGAGAGACUACGCAUGGACAACCAGCUGCUCAGACAGGAGGUAUUCACCAUGUUCAAGGGGAUCGGUCUGAGUAAUGUGCGGCACAGAUUUGCUAACCUUGACCACAUAACGAGUUAAGUGGGAUGCAGGAUGACUGUAGACCAGUGAUUAAUCCGCAGGACCUUGCUCAGAAUGAUCCUCUCAAAAAUGAUAAAAGAUCUAUACGUAGCCAAAGAAACCUCGAUGCUGCAUUACAUGACUCUUAAUAGUAGGGAGCGGUGUUGGUCAAGAGCUGGUGAUGUGGGUUACUAUGACAACUCACAAUCAUACCACAUUGACAUUCACUUUCUCCCACUCACAGGUUGAUGAUUGGAAAACCAAGAACCAGAUGAUGAGAAGCCAGCUGAGACAGAACGGCAUUGUGGGAGCAGCUGGUGUAGAUCCACAGUGAGGGAGAAGGGACAAAGGUGUUGGUACGAGGGCUCUGUUUGAAUUGUCAGAAAAUGCACCCUCCUUUCCCCACUUGAGGUAGUAACUGGUCUGUAUGUGAUUGGAAAGGUGAAACGUAGGGUCCCAAUGACACCAACCCAGUCAUCUUAUAUCUGUAAUUUCAUCUAGGAAGGAUGUAUUUGGAAAGCAUUCGAACAAGGCCUAGGAUGUGGUUGGAAUACGAUGACAUUGAUCAGUGGAGGCUGUUGGAUGCAGAGGAUUGAUUCCAACAAAUCUGGACUGCAAUCUUUUUGGAUCUCCUCCGUGAUGUUUUCUCUCUUGACAUUUUUAUGGACUCCCCAUGAUCAUGGACAUUCAUCCUACCUGGAAAAACACUUAAGCUACACAACAUAACACUCAUGCCUGUGUUCUUAUUCCCCUUGGAAAUAAAAGGUAUUUUGUGAUCCCUCAAAACAACUUGCCCAUAUAUGGGUAUUUGUACACUCUUGCCACACAUUAUUUGGGAGAAAAAAUGUGAUGCCUUUUAUGUUUGAAAUAAAAUAUUUUAGGGAAAGGCUUAUUCAAAUGCUAGACUGAACCGAACACCAUGUCUGUUGGUUGACUGUUUCACUACCAGCUGACUGACAAUGGUGUUCUACCUCAGUUUGUAUCAGUCACUGAGCAAAUAAUGAAUUUGAUGGUGCUUUGUGUAUCCUUAGUUUUACUUUUGAUCCCAUGCCUUUCCUUUUCCAAAAUUUGGACUAACCUAUUUCUGACGUUAAUAUCACCUUCAGCCUCUAAUAUUAUUUUGUUAUAGGUUGAUUUGUUGUAAUUUCUAUUAAAUUCGUCUAAAAGAGAUAUCUUAUGUUUAUUAACAGACACUGAAAAU